CCGUUAUCCGUUGAACCGGUAUAGGUUAGAAUACUCAUAAUCGAAUUUGGGAGAAGCAAAGGGACGAAAAACGGGCAGCGACCACGUUGUUCCGAAUCGGCGUCAAUAUUAGUUAUACAUUUUUUUAAAAUAAUUACUAUAAUUUGUGACUCAAUUUUUGAAUAAUCGAAAAUAUUUGUCAAUUAUUGCUGUUCUUUAACAGCUAUAUUUGUUAUGUGGUGAAAUAAAAUAAUUAACAUGGCUAAGAAAAAUACACGUGUACCGCGUAAGCGAUCACAUUCUCAUUCCGUUGAGAAGAUCGUUAAGCCCGAAGCAUUCACUAAAAAAGUGAAAAAACGUAAAGCUCUCGUUAUUGCUCAGGAAAUAAAGUUUGCUCGAUUACUCGCAAACAAUGAUAAAAAGGUUAGAGAUAAAAUGCUCAAGAAUCUUAAGAAAUGGUUGACAGUACGGUCCGAAAGUUCUUUCGCUUUCACAGAAGCCGAUUUUAUGAGAUUAUGGAAGGGUCUAUUUUAUUGCAUGUGGAUGUCAGACAAGCCACUUGUUCAAGAAGAAUUAGCCGAAUCUCUUAGCAAUAUUGUCCAUUGCUUUGAUUCUAUGGAAACCGCGCUACUUUAUACAAAAUGUACCUUAAAAACACUUGCCAUUGAGUGGUUUGGCAUCGAUCGUUUCAGACUGGAUAAAUUUCAAAUGUUAGUGAGGAGGAUAAUUAGACAAACAUUUGUGAUGUGCCGCCUGAAAUCCUGGGACAGAGAAUGGACCAAAGGCUCUGCUUCCAUAAUAGAGAAUAUUUUAUUGGAUCCAAAAACAUGUUUGGGAUUCAGUUUACAUUUAACGGAAUUGUAUAUGGAAGAAUUAGCAAAGAUUGGCGGUGGAUCUAUACUCCCCGAGAACGUUACAGAUUUGCUCAGGCCUUUUGCAAUACAUUUGGCUUCGAUGGAGGAUGAGCGACAAAUCAGGCAUGUUAUGAAACAUAUUUUCCGGUAUCUUAUUUUUCAGUCUGAUGUCGGUAUGGAUUACAUGGAAAAAUUUGAUGCCUGGCGACAAGCAGGUUUUCCGUGUAAAAAUAUCGAUCAAAUGCAAAAAGUCGAGCUUGACGAUAGAGAACAAGAGGUAGAAGAUGAAAGCAGUGAGAGUGUUCAAUCUCAGACUGCUGAACAGAAACCUCUUGAUCCGAGAGCUGGACGAGUCGAUGUUGAACUCCCUCAAUUACCAUUCGAUCCUUCAGCUAUAGCCGAACUCUUACAAGAAUACAAGUUUAAUCCAAAAUCGACAACUAAAACACGCCGACAAAUGAUGCGGUUGAUCAGAGAAUUUUCUGAGCUGUCCAAGGGAAUAAUGCCACUGGGCAUCAAAGAAGUAGUUCUUCCACAGAAAAAGAGUUCUGACAUGAACUCUAAAAAAGCGGCUUAUCGUUUGUUGGAAUUUGAAAAAGAGUUGCAUUCGGACACUAUACGUCGUAAGCGAAAAAGAAAGCAGAUUUUACCGAUUGAUGAGGACGAAAACGGAGAGGGUUUCGAGAACACGUUUACUCCGAUAAACGAGGAUGAGCUUGAGACAAAUGGGUUCGAUAGAGAAGAAGAAGAAGAGAAGGAGGAAGAAGAGGAUAAUAACGAAAAGGAGUUUGGAGCGAACGAUGACAAAAAUCUUCACAAGAAUAAAAAGAAUAAACAAAAGUUGAAAAAUAAAUUCCUCUUAGAAUCCGAAGCGACAAAUAAAUUAGCGGCGAAAAAGCAGAAAAAGAGCAAAAAAACGAAUUUGAAAAACGUUGAAGGAACUUUAUCGAUAACAGAAAAUAGGGAAGACGACAAACAAUUAUCUGUGAACACAAAUUUCAAACUAAAAAGUAAGAAAACAAAGACGAAAAAAUUGCAAAAUGCAAUUAACUAUUUAAAUAAAAAAUUCUUGAAUCGCUCGUCCGAGGAUAUUACUCCGACAAAAACGAAGAAAUCUCGACGGAGUAUCGAGACUGUUUGGGAUAUUUCUAACAAUGACGAUCCACCUACGCCCACCAUGUCGCCCACUUCAAAACCCACGAGUCCCCCUCCAAAGUCUCCGCCCCGAGAAAAAACAAUCGUCAAUGAAACGAAUACGAUCGGGGUGAAAGAAUCUUCCAGCAGUCUUAGCAAAGAAAAAAUUAAACAAAUUCCAUGGCUGCAUCCUGUCCUCACGAAAUUGGAGGAUGAAAAUCCGAAGUUCCAAACUCCGAAUAAAACACAACCGACGGUUGUGCAGAACAACAGCGGUUCAAGUGCAAAGAAACGAGUUAAAAUAAUGUUGCGUCACAAUACGGCACAGCACACCUCCGAAUACAUUCGUCAAUUACGUCAGAGCCCGGCAAUACCUUACGACGCUAAUCGGAAACCAUUGUCAGGAGUUCUUAAGCCGAGUCCUUUGUCCAGUCCGGUCAAUCCGUUUUAUAAGAAAGCGUAGAAUAUCUUCGCCGUAUUGUUCUGCCUUAGACGAAAGUGAGACAAACGUCGAAUAAAGUAUGUCAAGAAUGGAAAA